AUGUCGACGACGUCCUCAACAAUCACGUUCGGAUCCGUGAUGUUCCAGCUCCUCUGCGUUGCCGCUCUCCUCGCCUUCGUCAGCGCCCAAUCCAUCACGACAUGCAACAUCGCGUCUAGCCGUGAGUCUCAAAUAGUACAUCUUACAAAAUUAUGUGUUCAGCGGUUUGAAUCGUACUAGGGUAUAAUUAAAUAGCUGAAAACUUAUGCAUCAAUAUAGCAACAGCGUUUUUUAGUGGUAAGUUGAAAAGUUUUGCGAAUUGACAGCAGCUCUUCAAUUAUUUCAUGAUUCGGCAGAUAAUCUUCUGUAAAGACUGAAAAAAAUGUGUUACCUUAAUUUUUUAUAUAAAAUACCCUUUGAAAAAAAACAAGCGUUCACAUCUUUAAUGCUUUGCAACAUUUGAAACGAGGACUUCCGACCCACUGGAGCUUGAAGAUAACCAAAAUCAACAUGAAAUAUUUGCAGCAAGUAUCAGUAACCAGUGCCCACCAGGACUUGUUCUAAUUUCCGACGGCAACUGCUGCCCACAGGCCAAUGGUAUGCUUGAAAUCCACUAUCGACCAAAACCGAGCAAUUUCAGUAAGAACUGAGACGCCGACGACGACGGCCAGAGCCACGACUUCCGCUCCCUGCGUCGACAAGGCGAGUUCAAGAGCUACCUGAAGAAUGGAACAUAUCGAACUUCAGUUGAACCCAUCUACCGGUGUUUCCGACUGUCCGAAAAACGUAGGACUCUGCACAAACAGCGUCUACAUUCCGCUCAUGAAGGACCAGUGUCCCAAGACAUGCGGCUUCUGCAGUGAGUUGAAUAGCUGAGGAAAAACCAACGAAAGACUUCAGUAAACAUAACAAAAAGAAAUUCUUGAAAAUCGUCUUCCUUGUACAGUACCCUUCUAAUCGGGCUAAAAACUUUUUUCUCUUCAAGGAAAUUGCAAUCAAAAAUUAGUGUUUCAUCAUUUUUUGUCCUUUUCACAAAAGUUUGAUCCAACGAACUAAGUUUCUGAUUGGCUUGCCUCAGCGCUUUCAUCCAAUCAGAAAUGUAGCAGUUGAAUCAACUUUUAAAGAAAGAUUAAAAAAACUGACACUUCAAAAAACACAAAAACUUUCAUGACUUUGCCUCUUUGCCUUUGAUGAUCCUAAUCGUAGGGCUAGUUUCUCUGAAAGAAGGGAAAUACUUUCGAAUUCUUCAUUUUAAAUCUCUCGAUGUAAAGAUUGAUUAGCAGUGGUUUUAUUAAAAACAACUAACCCAGAGGUGGAGGAUGGCUGCCCACUGGCCGCCCUGCCUGCCAAGCCAUAAACGCCCAAAAGCAGAAAUGACUUUUUCAAUAGUAACCCAAUGAAUCAUUUCUAUCGCUUGGCCCAAUGGCUUGGCUUGGCCGCCAAGCCAAGGGCUGCCAUCCCAAUCCUCCACCUCUGAACUAACCCAUAAAUAAUACUGUAAUAAAAGAUCUUAAUUACAGCUGGCGCUGGUGUUUCGUGUGUCGAUAAGGUGAGUUUUAAAUAUUAUAAAUUAAAAAAAUAGGAUAACUUCAACUUAAAAUUGAAGAUCAACCCAAAGACGGGAACUUCCGACUGCCCGAAAAAAACGCCAACCUCUGCACAAACACCGUUUACAUACCGCUUAUGA